AUGAUAAUAUGGAUGAAAAAAAAUUAUCAGUUUUCUAUCGAUCCAAAAACAAAAUUUCCAUCAUUCGUCAGCACAUUAUUUAACUGGCGUAUCAACGGAAUAACCAUUCCUUAUGAAACUAAUUAUCAAAAAUAUAUUGAUUCUAUUACGGUUAAAGAUCUUAAUUUAAAAAUGAUUAAUCAUUUAAUUAAAGCUAUUACUAAAUUUGUGAUUCGAGAUCUUUUAAAAGAAUAUUUAAAAUACAAUAAACCAGAAAUCCCGGAAAGAUCAUAUAUAUUACGAGUUUUAGAUUAUUUCAUAACCGGACAUCCAUUCACCGAAACAUAUACCUUUUUUUAUUGCUUUUUGUGGUCUAUUUUUAUAAUUUUAUCCUUUUCACUCGUAUGGGAUAAUGCUUGUAUUUUAUUUGGGAUAAUCCUAAGACCAUUGUUGUCCAAUAGUUUAAAAGAAAAUGAAAAAUUGCAAGAAUCAAAAUCACUUAAGAUGAUUAUUAAAGAAUGGUUAAUUCUUUCAUUAUUCUACACGAAACCUCUAAUGGGUAAUCCAUUCUUAUCAAUUGAUCCCCGAGAUUUUUGGUCAAAUCAAUGGCAUCAGAUAUAUAGUGAAACAUUUCAUGAACUUGGCUACUUUCCAGUUCGAACCUAUUUUAAACACAAUAAAACUCUCGGGCGCGUACUUGGAAUUUGUUCGGUUUAUUUGAUAAGUGGUUUAUUUCAUGACUACACAUUGAUAGUGGCGUUUAAUCAUUUUUCAGCGGAUUAUACAACAUUUUUUUUGUUCCAUGGAUUACUUUUAAUUUUGUGGGAAGUUAUUGAAGGAAGGAUUUUAGGAAAGAGGAAGGAUAUAAAAGAUAG